CCAUUUGUGGCACAAAGCUACUAUAAAGGAAUAAAAGGGUACUUGGUUAGACAUUUGAAACGUUGAUAGCUGAGAGAGAGAGAGACACACACACAGAGAAUUAAGUAUCCAAAUUCGUGGACAAAAAAUGGGGAGAGCUCCAUGUUGUGAAAUGAUGGGGUUAAAGAAGGGACCUUGGACUCCCGAAGAAGAUCAAAUCUUGGUAUCUUACAUUCGAAGUUAUGGGCAUGGAAAUUGGCGAGCACUCCCUAAACAAGCUGGUUUAUUAAGGUGUGGUAAGAGUUGUAGGCUUAGGUGGAUAAAUUACUUACGUCCAGACAUUAAACGAGGAAAUUUCAGCAACGAAGAGGAAGAAACUAUCCUUAAGCUACAUCAUCAUCUUGGAAAUAGAUGGUCUGCUAUAGCAGCAAGAUUACCAGGAAGAACAGAUAACGAGAUAAAGAAUUAUUGGCACAGCCAUCUAAAAAAGAGAUUUCAACAGAAUAUGGGACGCCCAACUGAACAUCGCAGAACAACACCAGAAAGGGCAAUGGUUAACAACACUAGUUCAUCACAGCCUGCGAAUUUCAAGGUUCAUCAAAGUAAAUGUCAAAGGCAAGGCCCCUCGGAUAAUGCACCAAUUUUCCAGGAAGCUUCGUCCCAAGAAAUGCUUAGUUCUAUGGCCUCGAUGGAAGCCAUGAAUGGUUUCAGUGGUAAAAAUGAUAUGAAGUUUUGGUAUGAACUUCUCUUGAAAGCAGGAAACUCAGGAGAAGCGUUUGAAAGUUGGGGACAAUUUGGAUAGUCUCUCUAACUAAACGUAACGUUUCUCUUAUUUUAAAGAGACUAUAUGAGA